AUGUCUCCUUCAGGUAGACCACGGCCCCUGAGCCUCAUGUUUCUUUUGGGGAUGGGGAUGGCAUCAGAGAGGAUCAACUGCCCAAGAAGGUGUAGCUGUCAGUACCUGGAAGUGAACUGCACAGGGCAGCAGUUGCAGGAGUUCCCUGUGGCCAUCCCGCUGGAUACCAGGCAGCUGAUUCUGGCAGCAAACAACAUCUCGUACCUGCCCGCAGUGGAAUUGAGCUUCUUGGCUGAUUUGGUCUACCUGGACUGCAAGAAGAACCUCUUAGGGCAUGACCUGGAUUUCACUUUCAUUGGUGUGGCCAAGCUUGUCUAUUUGGACCUCAGCUUCAACAGUCUCACACAAGUCACCUUCAGCACCUUCUCACCCCUCCUCAGCCUGGUGGUACUGAAGAUCUCGGACAAUCCCAACCUUGUGGCCAUUGAGAAGGAUGCUUUUGCCAACAACACCUGGCUGAGGCACCUGGAUGUGAGCCGGACAGGCUUAACAUUCCUGGACACCGGCACUGUCCAAGACCUGCCCAACCUGAGGUUUCUGGGACUCAGUGACAACCUGUGGCACUGCAACUGUUCCUUUCUGGACUUCAUCACCUGGAUGACAGAGAGCAACAUUAAUUUUCCAGAUGCUGACAAUGUCACUUGCUAUACCCCAGAAGGCUUGCAUGCCCUGAAAAUGCCUGCAGUGGAAGCACAGCUCCACUUCAACUGUCUGACCCAGCUGUACAAGCAAGACUACAUCUUUCUGUGUCUCGCUGGGUUCUGCAUAUUCUUUGCUGGCACCGUGGCAGCCUGGCUGGCUGGCAUCUGUGCUGUCAUCUAUGAAGUCCACAUCUCAAAGGGAGAGGAGGGGGAGGAGGAAGACACAGUCACUUAG